AUGACCUCCCCAUCAACGCGCCGUCUACUCAAAGAAUCAACAGACCUCCACAAAAACCCAAGCCCGUACUUCACCGCCGGCCCAGUCGACGAAUCCAACCUCCACGACUGGCACUUCACCCUCGCCGGGCCACCCAGCCCAAGCCCCUACGCCGGCGGCUUAUACCACGGCCGCAUCACCUUCCCACCGACAUAUCCAUUACGUCCACCGUCCUUCCGCUUCCUCACGCCCUCCGCCCGCUUCGAAGUCAAUCGCGAGAUAUGUCUUAGCAUCUCGGGCCAUCACGAGGAAACGUGGCAGCCGGCUUGGGGGGUACGCACUGCGCUACUGGCCAUCCGGAGUGAGAUUUUCGGGUCGGAGAGUAAGGGGCAGGUUGGCGGGAUGGAGGGGAGUGAGACGCUGAGGAGGGAGUAUGCGCGUUUGUCCAGAGGGUGGAUGUGUCGUGAGUGUGGGGUUGAGAAUGAGGGGGCUAUGAGGGAGCUUUGGGAGAUGUGUGCGAUGAAGGGUGUUGAGGUUGAUGUCGAGGGCGCGAAGGGUGAGGAGAAUGGGGACAAAGAGAACCGGGGUGAGGCUAUACAGUUUUCGAAUGCCCCGGCCCCGUCACCACCUGCAGAGCCGGCCUCUGCACCGGCCCCUGUUCCUGCGCCUGCGCCUGUUCAGUCGCCACAAUCACAUUCGCAGCCUUCCGCGCCGGCCACAGCUCCAGCUCCAGCUCCAGUGGCCACGCGUCCUCGACCAACACCAACCAUUCCUGCUCCAACUACUGAGCCGGCCAGUAGCCCGUGGCUGGACCGCGCUAUCGUGGGCGUGGUUAUCGCCCUCGUCAUCCUGGUUCUGCGGCGAGUGACCGACGCCGACGAACUAUAA